UCCACACAUGGCCACACGGGACACACACACAUGGCCGCAACGGACAAAGGAGCAUUAUCAGACGGCAGAGGAGAAGAAAAAAGAAGAAGUGUUUGUGUGCAGACAUCAACGGAGAUGAAGUCUAUUCCAGUUGUGUUUAUGUGGCGCAGCAGCAGUGGCCGUGCGUGUGUGUCACAAGAGGAGCGAUGGUGGGGGCCGAUGCGAUAAUGCGACGAGCAUCAUCAUUCAGCAUCAGCUGGAGCGGCGCGUCGGUGGCAUCGACCUAUCACAUCAUCACUUGCUCGUGUCGGGCUGCCGAUUGGUCGACGGCCAAACCCCUCCCAUGCCAGUCCCGUGCCCACCUACCGUCCGUCACCUUCCCCCCACCACCGCAGCUCAUUUCCUCCUCCCUGUGCCGGCCCCGCCCCAUUCUCUAAUCUUUUCUCCCCACCACCACCUCCUUUCCCUCCCUCUUUUCUUCUAAGGCAAACCUUACCACCUAUUCCCAAAGUCGCCCGGAGUUGGUCCCGCGGACGGCUCCAGCUCAGCAGUCUCGGCUGCCUCAGUAGCCGUGUCAGUUCUGCACGUCGUUCAAUCCCGCUCCCGUUUUUUGGUUUUCUUUUGUUUUUCGUUUUCACUCCAGCCAGAAUUUUGGGUCGCAGUUUUCCAUUCAACUUUCGACACCUUCGCUCGCAUUUGCCGUUUACAAUUCGGCCAGAUUUAUCGAUCCUUUGGUUUUCGUGUUUCGUUGCAUGUGACGAUCGUUUUAUUGAAAUUGAAUUUGCAAGUGAAAAAGACACGACGAAUUCCCCCCCGCAAAAAUCUUGAGAUUACAAGAUGCUGCCGGUGAGUGCCAGUGAUGAUGUUGGUGGCAACGCCAUUCAACAGCAACCACUACAACAACAACAACAGUUUAUCCAUGGCCAGCACUCGAGGUCAAAGGGUAAUUUCUCCAUCGCCGCCAUCAUGGGACAUCACGUGACUCACGAAUCCCGACCCUUUGCCAUGGAAGAGCUUUCGCCGUCGCCUUCCAGAAGCAUCCGCCGCUCCUCCGUCGAUCCAUCGCCAGAUUCAGACAGAGCCAUGAAGGAGGACACGGUGGAGGAGGAAGACGUCGAGUCUUCGCUGACGGAUCACGAAAUCGACGUCGAGGACAUUGACGACGACGGGCCACUUCACCUGACGGGCAAAAGUGGUGGCGCCGUCCAUCUGCAGCGUCACCGCCACCAGGGGAGCCAUUCGACUCUGCGCUCGUUCAAAGAGGAAGACGACGACGAGGAAGAUGAAGUGCUGGACAAAGAAGAGAUGGUGGACGAGGAGGACGUCGGCGGGCCGCCGGUGGGUGCAGUCAAGUCGAAGAAAAAGUCUGGCAAGAAAUCUGGUGGUAAAUCGAGCGGAAGCGGCUCGAGCGGCUCCUCGUCCAGCUCCAAUCCGCAAAUCAAACCCAAGUGCAACUGCGAGCAGCUGCAACUCGUCGACUGCCACCUGGAGACCAAGGAAUUGUGGGAUAAGUUCAACGAAUUGGGCACCGAGAUGAUCAUCACCAAAACCGGCAGGCGAAUGUUUCCGACGGUUCGAGUCACAUUCUCCGGGGCGGUGCUGAUGGCCGAGAGUUCGCAGCUCCAGCAGCAGCAGCAACGCACUGCCAGUGAUUUACUGAUGACGCAUCCGCACCAUCCGCUGGCCUACCACCACCACCACCACCUCCAGCACAACAACAACUUGCAUUUGCAGCAUCAUCAGACUCUUGGCCAGCAGCAGAGCCGAGUGCGCUAUUUCGUCAUGCUGGACGUUGUGCCGGUGGAUAGCAAACGCUACCGCUACGCCUACCAUCGCUCUUCGUGGCUGGUGGCCGGUAAAGCCGACCCGCCGGCCCCGGCCCGUCUCUACACUCAUCCCGACUCGCCGUUCACUCCCGAUCAACUCCGCAAGCAAGUCAUCUCUUUCGAGAAAGUCAAAUUAACCAACAACGAGAUGGACAAACAAGGACAGAUUGUGUUGAAUUCGAUGCAUCGGUACCAACCGCGAGUGCACCUCGUCCGGCGGAUGGAAGGCGACACGACUCGGCCGAUCGUCGACUUGGAGCGUGAACAAUUCCGUACCUACGUCUUCCCCGAAACGGUUUUCACCGCCGUGACUGCCUAUCAAAACCAGCUGAUAACCAAACUCAAAAUUGACAGCAACCCGUUCGCCAAGGGAUUUCGCGAUUCUUCCAGACUCAGCGAUUUCGACCGGGACGGAAUGGACGGCAUGGCGGAUUACAUUCGAGCGCCGUCGCGGAUGUUUCCAGACGUGUCGGACUUCGAAGCGGCCACUGGAUUCCUCAACAGCGAAAAAAUGCGAAGCCUCGGCCUCCACCAUCCGCACAAUCAGCAUCCGUUCGGGGGGCCUAUCCACCCGCAACAUUCGAACAAUCCUCGGCUGCCGCCCAUGCCACUGGCCACCAUCCAGCAGCACUUGUUCGCCAUCCAGCAGCGCACCAACAGUUACCCGAUGAUGCCGUCACCGUCGGCCACUUCCGGAUUACCUGCCAACGGUGGCGGAGGUAAUAAUAAUAACAAUCAGCAGCAGCAGCAGAUGCUGCCAAUCCCGUUCCCGCACCAUUUGCUGUCGCAGUGGACGCUGGCCGCCGCUGCCGGAUUCGGUUUGAAUCAUCUGGGGCUCUUUGGACUUGGAGGUUUACCCGGUGCCGGAUUGACUGGCCUACAGCAGCAGCAGCAGUCGCAGUCGAGCGUGAAUGCAAGUGCGUCGGUCUCGCCUUCACAGUCGACUCGACAGCCAAGUCCAAUGACCACCACCACCAGCACGCCGCCUUCGGUUACGGCGACUGUCACGGGUUCGUCCGUCGCUCACCUGCCUUGCCUGUCCGGCGAGAGGGCUGAGACAGCAUCCAACAGCAUCUUGAAGGGUCACAACCCAUCUCACUCCCGCCACCGAUUCAGUCCCUAUCCGCCGGCCAUCGCCAGCAGUAAGACUCAUGGCAGCAGCAGCAGCAACUCGGAUGCUGCUGACCCGUCGGAACGCUCACCUGCUCCGGCCGGUUCUAAACUGAUUUUCGAUAAAUGAACGGGACAUGGGCGACAUUACAAAUUCAUAUCACAGAUGAACAAACAAGCUGACAUUCGUCUUCUGCAGCAGAACAUAACGUCACCUGACGCACAUGUGUGGAUUGUCGAUCGUCUUUUCUCGACCCAGCCGCUUGUGCUCGUCAUUGAAUUUUUCUUUUGAUUUUUGUUUGAUUCUUUUUGUUUUUCUCACUCGUUUGGGUCUUCCACCUGCCGAUUAUUGGUUGUUUAUUUAUUCAUUUCCCCCAUUUCUUAUUGGCGUUAGUAUGAUUAUCCCGACACUAAAACUAUUUGCAGUGUUGAUUCGUUAAUGGUUUCGUCCUUUUCAUUUUGUUGUUAUAGACAAUUCUUCAUGUUGAUACGUACACAGUUUAACUAAGUAUAUAAUAGAGAGUUUUUUCUCGUCGCAUUUUGAUCUUGUUCGUCGGUUUGGCGUAUAUUUUGUCUCUCCAGAAAUGUGGUGCUUCCUCCUCCCCCCCCCCCUUUUUCUUUUCUCCCUUUUCUCUUGUAAAAUCAGUUCACAUAAUUUGGUUCGUUCGCCUUCCGCUCGAAUUGUUUCGGCUUUUUCUCCCCUUGUCGCGCCUGUACAGUCCUUAUUAUAUACUUUAUACACACUAAAUGGUU